AUGAAACUUUUACUGGUCGUUUGCACGAUAGCGGCAGUGCUUGAUGCGCUGGCAGCUACGAAAGACAUCUCACUUCCGGUAUUAGUGCCAGUGCCAACGAUCAAGAAGGUCCCGAUUGCCAUUCCAAAGAUCGAACACACUAAAGGAGAAAUUAUCAAGCAUGUGCCGCAAGCGAUCAUUAAGCGCGUGCCUGUCGAAAAGCACGUCGAAGUGGAGCAGGUGGUUGAGGUGGUGAAGCAGGUCCCGGUGACAAAGGAGAUCGUCGUCGAACGCCCAGUGGAAGUGAUCCGCGAGGUGCCAAUCGAGAAAGUAGUCAUCGAGAAGGUCGAGGUGCCGUACGAAGUGAUCAAACACGUGGAAAAGAUCAAGCACAUCCCGGUAGAGAAGCACAUCGAGAUCAUCAAGGAGGUCGAGGAGAUCCGCGAGGUGCCAUACAAGCGGUAUGUCUUCAACAAGAAGCCCUUCCCGGUGCCAUACAACGAGCCAGAGGAAGUUCAGGUACCCUACACGGUUCCGGCUCCAGUUCCGGAAGUUGUCGCGGUCGAACCCGAAGUCCCGGUUGUGUCACUAAAGGAUAAGCUCCACAACCUGCUACCGAACGCCGCUAACUACGAUCCGGUGGGAUUUUUCAAGAAAAUCGUAAAUCAUUGA